AUGCAGAGGCUGCAGGGCAUCCAUGAGAAGUUCCUCCUCCGCAGCCCUCGCGUCACCACGAAGAGAACAAGCCUCAAGGUUGCGGUCACUCCCCAGGACAUGAAGAAAGCGUGUCUGCUCCCAGCCAAGAUGACGCAUCUCGACAUCAACCUGCACAUUGCUGGGCCUGUGAAACAAGCAACCUUGGAGGACAUGAUAGAGCGGGUCUCGCACAAGAACGCCCACCGGAAGUUCCCUGGCGCUCUAGCGUUCUUCGCUUCCAUCGGCUCAGACGUGCCGAAUCUGAAUGGCAGCCUGACGGUCGCUGGCAACUCUAUGCAAGAGAAGUUGAGCGCAGAGGUGCAGCCUUGCUCGGCAUCGCAGGCUGGCGCCAUGCAGGUCCAUCAGACCGCCGACCAUGUCGCGGAUCGAACCCUAGCCAACAAGGCUCCACGCCCUCAGUCGGCAUCCGCUGAGGGCAAGAAGGAAAACAGGGGGAGGGAGGGAUGCAGCAUCAUGACGAUAGGGAGGGCUCUUCCCCGGCAUACGAUGAGCUCCAAGAGGUUGGUGAACGAGAGCUCGAGACGGCAUCGCAGCGCCUCUAGGGCGAGCGGGAGAAGCAGUGAGAGUCCAGAGGGAGCUGGAGACGACAGUCCUGGCACGUUAGGUCAGAGCAUCCACCGGUCGACCACCAUAGGGCAAGGGAGCAGCUCAAAGCGAGUUGCGUCAGCCGCCGAGCCAGUCCCUCGACCCAAGUCGGAGAUGUCGUACUUCCGCAGGGACCCCGAGGAGUCCAAGAUGACGAGGAGGUGGCUCGAACUACUUCAUGCAGACUAUUCCUUCCAUCACCCCAACCGCCCGAAUGACGGCAUUAGGAGAAGGGAGCUCAAGUACUCCGUGUUCAACUUCUCCGACAAGUCGAUCGCUACGCCCGAGCUCGAGAAGUCAGACUCGUUCAAGAACUUACUCAUCAAUACCCUCGAUGUCAACGAUUCCUCUUCAUCGACGAACACUGCCGCAGCGACGGAAAUCAAUGCCUUGCUACACCCGCCUUCCCCACUGUUCCCUUCAUCGUCAAAGGGUAAGAUCCCAGUCUUCGGAUCGGAACAACAAGGGAAAGACCAAGACGCUCUCAGCCCGAUGGCAGCCAGGCACGAAGAGGGUGAAGGUUUGGUUUCAGAUCACACCUUCCGCGAGAAGAAAGAGGUACUCGUCAAGACAGCCAAACAAACGCGAGCAGACGGCAGGCUAGCGAUGAAGAAGCAGAUCUUACUUUCAUCCCCCACCUCUUCCUUCGAUCCCGUCAUCAACCUGCACGACAUCCCGCCACAUGCGCAGGAUUCCAACAUGCGAUGGGAUGACCCCAGCCAUGUGUUGCUCUUCAACACAGGAAUAUCCGUGAACGUCAAGAUGAGCGACAAGCAGGUGAUCCAACCCGAGCUCGGCAAGGUAGGCAAGCUCAAUCGCCGCGAGACGAAGCUCAUGGCAACGAGGAGGAACGCGGAAGAGAGGAUGGCGUCAAAUACCUCCCUCCCUCCCAAGCUUCGGCCGCUGCUGCUGCUCUCAACCGCAGACGACUACUUCAGGUCCUCUACACCCAACAGCCGGACGUACAUAGCUCGACACCCCAUGUCCCCUUGA